CUUUCUUCUACAUCACUCAGACGAAAUGAGUGCUGCUGGGCUGCACUUGUUUGCGCCGCACACCUUCCACCGGCCGACGUUCUGCGAUGUGUGCAGCAAGUUCCUGUGGGGCCUCGUUCGCCAGGGCCUGCAGUGCACGUCCUGCCAGCUGAAUGCGCACGACGCCUGCGCUGCCGAGCUCGCUGAGCUGGCCCAGGUGGGCUCUCCCGCUGUGUCCGCCGCGCUGCUGACCUGCGACGCAUGGCGCAGUCACACGCACACACAACAGACUCACCAGAGCCAGCCGGCGCAGAGCCCGAGCGAGGCCAGUCUGGGCAGUCGUGCGCAAUCUGACGCUGCGUCACCCGAUUUGACCCACCAGGACGACGACCCAGACGACCCCGACGACGACAACCCCGACCCAGGUCCAAACGACGCCCCGUCGCGCUCUUCUACUGCUGCUGGCAAGCGGGCCGCCCGUGCGAGCGACGGCGAGGCAAACACGCGCCACGUCAGUGCGAGCGGGGUCGUUCCACCGCCAUUGCCGCCGCUGCCACCACUGCCGCCAGUCGCUCCAAACGCACCGAGGAGCAGUGGGCAGCUUGCGCAAUCGACGGCGGCUGCGGCGGCUGGCUCGGGAACCUCCUCCGCCACACCCUCACAGCGAGCAAGCGCUCAGACGCCAAGCGCCACACCCUCCUUCUCCACCUCCUCCUUCCGAGACACGCUCAACUACCUCGCAAGCCUCGAGUUCGUGCGUGAUCUCACGGCAGAGACGGAAGCCGUCACGCAGCACCGCGAGCUCGAGCUGUUCGAGCCGCCGCUGCACAUGCGAACAUUGACGAGCAACUUUAGUCGGUUUGUCGCGGAGACCAACCCCGUGUUCUCGGCCAUCGAAGCUGCGCGGGAUGUGUACUACUGGCAGCAUCCAGUCACCACGCUGAUGGUCAUGCUGGCUUGGGUCCUUCUCUGCAUGUUUCCCGGACUCUUGCCGCUCGUUCCCGCCAUGGCACUUCUCGGCUACACUGGCUCGUCGCAUGCUGCCAGAGUCCGCGAGCGGCGCAACGUGGAAGCUGUUGCGUCAGGCUCGCAUCGCCGCACAACGAGCGAGUCUGCCCAGGACGAACAUCAUCAUCGCCUGCUCCACCGUCACCGUCAUUCCGCUGGUGAUGCCAUUGCUAGUAGCGAGCCCGCACCGAGUCCGGACGGCAUCGAGCCAGGCAGCGGAUCUCCCCAGUACAACGAGAUGAGCUUUGACGAAUUUGAGGUGAUGAACAUGGCGGAUGCGUCCUCGCCGACCUUUGCCACGACCGCCGCCGCCGCUGCCGCCGUUGGCUCCAACGUCACUUCAGACGUAUCACCUCGCUCUUCGAUAGCACCUUCUACGCCUGCGGCAGCCGCGCGUUCUCCCAGUUUUUCGGCACCAACUGCCACCACCUCCUCCGCCGCCACUUCAACAACCAAUACCUCCGCAGCCACCUCCUCCUCACCAGGCACAUCAUCCUACAAAGUCCCACCAGCCCCGUUGCUGUCUCGCGAAGGCGUCAUGGGGUUUCUGUUCAACAAGGAACUCUUCCGCAAUGCCGACUAUCGCCACAACCUGCAGCGCAUUCAAAACAUGAUGGGCCAGCAUGGCGACAUGUACCGAGCAGGUCUUGCCUGUCAGCAACUGCUGGACUGGACGGACGACUUUGCAACCAUUAUUCUCGUGUAUGGAGCCAUCGCGUACUCGGUUUUCAUCUUGGUGCUGCAGUGCAUCUUUUCCUUGAACUUUCUGCUGGCCGCGAGCGGUGUCCUGGUGCUGCUGGGCAACACGACACCCUGUCGUGCGCUCGGACGGGUCUUGGUGCGCCAUGUUUCCACGCGCACUUCCUUUCUCCGAAACUUCAGUCCCGUCAACUACUCGAUGCGCAGCAGGAUUGACCCGUCCCUUGCGCCCGUGCCUGACGCGCGCUGCGAGCUCGUUUUCGAGAAUCAGCGAUGGUGGCUGGCCAUGGGCUGGACAGACCGCUUGAUGCCCGGCGAGCGGCCCAACUUUUCCGACGCCGACGGUACCAUCGACCGCACCCGCGAAAAUAUCGUCCUUCCGCGCGGCUGGGAGUGGGUUUCGCCAAGUUGGCAAGUUCUCAUCGACGGCGAGUCUGACCGCGAGGGCUGGCAGUACGGUACAACGCGUUGGCAAGAGUGGCGAAACCUCGCGGCUGGCAAGCACUUUACCCGGCGUCGUCGGUGGUACCGUUGGCGUGCGCCCAGCAGUGGAGUCCCGUCUGGCACCACCGCCACGACGACCAGUGCUGCUUCCCACGAAAUCGGGGAUUGAGUUUGAAGUGUACAUUCUGUUUGCGAUUGUUUGUUUUGCGUUUUUCUCGCUUUCUGAUCAAUGUCAUGAUAUCCACAAACGCUUCUGCUGAUGAUCUGAAUUCCUGCACAUC